CUUUGUCCUAUGACAAUGUUUCAGACUGUUCCUGACACUUCAUCUUACAUCAAGGAGGCGCUAUCAGUGGUGAGUGAAGAUCAGUCUCUGUUCGAGCCUCCGUACACUGCUGCUGCCCCUCUGCCCAAAACAGACAUGACGGCAUCCAGCACGCAGGAUUACGGACAGCAGCACAAGAUCAACCCCAUCCCGCCUCAGCAGGAGUGGAUCAAUCAGCCGUCACGCGUCAACAUAAAACGUGAAUACGACCACCUCAACGGAACCAGAGAGUCCCCCGUGGACUGCAGCGUGGGGAAAUGCAGUAAGCUGGUGAGCAACACGGACGCGUCACAGAUGGGUUACGGAGGCUACAUGGAUGAGAAGAGCGCUCCACCCCCAAACAUGACAACCAACGAGAGAAAAGUAAUCGUUCCUGCAGAUCCGUCCCUGUGGUCCUUCGAUCACGUGCGACAGUGGUUAGACUGGGCCGUGAAAGAAUACGGCCUCCUGGAGAUCGACAUGGCUCUGUUUCAGAAUACGGACGGGAAAGAACUGUGCAAAAUGAGCAAAGAGGAUUUUCUGAGAUAUACCAACGUCUACAAUGCUGAAAUCCUGCUCUCACAUCUCAAUUACCUCAGGGAAAGUAGCUCAUCGCUAUCAUACAAUACGCCAUCUCACACUGACCAGUCUCCUCGCCUGACUGCCAAAGAAGAUGCCUCAUAUGAUGCUGUACGACGGGCAGGCUGGUCAAACAACAUGCACAGUGGUAAAGGAUCCCCUACUGUGGUCUCACAGAAUAUUUCUAAGAGCACUGAACAAACUCGGCCUCAGCCAGAUCCCUAUCAGAUCCUGGGCCCGACAAGCAGUCGACUUGCCAACCCAGGCUCGGGUCAGAUCCAGCUGUGGCAGUUUCUGUUGGAGCUUCUCUCUGACAGUGCCAACGCUGGCUGCAUCACAUGGGAGGGCACCAACGGAGAGUUCAAGAUGACCGACCCAGAUGAGGUGGCCCGGCGAUGGGGCGAGCGCAAAAGCAAGCCCAACAUGAACUACGACAAGCUGAGCCGUGCGCUGCGCUACUACUACGACAAGAACAUCAUGACCAAGGUGCACGGCAAGCGCUACGCCUACAAGUUCGACUUCCAGGGCAUCGCCCAGGCCCUGCAGCCCCACCCCACCGAGUCACCCAUGUACAAGUACCCCUCCGACCUCGCCUAUGUGCCUUCCUACCAUGCUCACCAGCAGAAGGUCAACUUCGUGUCUCCACACCCUCCCUCCAUGCCCGUCACCUCAUCCAACUUCUUCGGCCACUCGAAUCCCUACUGGAGCUCUCCUGCUGCAGGUAUCUACCCUAGCGCCAGCGUGCCUCGACAUCCCAACUCUCACAUGCCUUCCCAUUUGGGCAGUUACUACUAAAGCUCCUGUCUUGCCCUACCAGCCUCACGGCGACCCCAAGCUGCACUCAGAGAGGAGAGGAUGCUGGAAAAAAGCGACUAAAGGUGAAUCAGGGCUCAUUUUGUGAAAUGAAGGAACUCUUUGAAGGAAGGACGAAUGAAAAGGAGAAAUUAGACCAAAAAACGGAUGCUGUGUCGAUCGACUUUGAAAUGGAGUACUACUUAUUCACAAGACAAGUGACUGUCUGGU